AUUCGAGACAUCACGGCGUUGGCCCUCAUCAGCGUGGACUCCAAGAUCAACAGCCAGAUCCAGGUGCGCGUGCCCCAGCGCAACAGCUGCUUCGAGAUCUUCGGCUUCGACAUCAUCCUGGACGAGCACCUGCGCGCCUGGCUGCUGGAGGUGAACACCUUCCCCGACCUGGCCGCCUCCUCACCGCUGGACCUGAAGAUAAAGGGGUGCCUAGUGGAGGACAUGCUGCAGCUGGUGGGCGUGGCGCCCUGCAACGUGGGGGCGGUGCGGCGGCGCGACAGCCAGAGGCGUCAGAGGAGCCUGCAGCGUGGGAGGGCGCCGAAGGAGGCGGCGGCGGAGGGCAGGCCCAGCCAGACGGGCACCGUCAUGGACGCGUGCCGGUUGGACGUGGAAUCCCUUGAGCCGGCCCACCUUCCAGACUUCGUCAAACAGACGGAGGGGGAACUGCAGAGGAGAGGAGGGUGGCAGCCGGUGCUGCCGUGCCUUGAGGACCCCCAUCGGUACGACGACCUGCAGGAGACGCGCAGGUACAGCAACGUCAUCCUCGCGAGGUAUUUUGCCGCCAAGGCGGGCAGGAGGCCCGCCGGGGAUGCGGCCCCUUCGGAGAGCGGCCAGCAAUCGCUGGGGGCACCCGUGGCAGCAAAUCGGGAUGAGCAGGAGGAUAGCGAUCAGAAAGAUCAAAAAAGUCAGCAGGAGGUUGGUAGAGUGUGA